GCCAACCUUCCGGUAGAGGGUGGCAAUAUCAAAUAAACAAAGUAAAGUGGCGACUAUCCUGCAAGUGUAAAUUUAUCUGAUUUCUCAAAAGGGAGGUUAGUAAUGUGACUGAAAAAGGUUCCCCCCAAAUUAAAAGAAGGGCUUUUAGAAGAAGUGGCACAAAAAAUGUGCCCUACAGGCGGCUAACACUUUAUCGGAUGACCAAGUUUUGGCAGAAUAAGCAGAAGAGUUGCUGAGUAUUUCAACAUACAGGAGGGGAUUCCUCCUGCCAGACACGAUGGAGGAACAGAACCCAAAUACAAACAAUCAUGGACAUCAGGCCAGAUAUAAGGAGGCAAGAAAAGAGCGACAAAAGCUCCUCACCCCUGCACAUAAGUAUUUCAUUGACAUCCUGGCUGACAGGCUGGCCUUGCCGCCAACAGAUGUAGAGGAGUUUAUUUUAGAUUAUUCCUCUUUGGCUGCUUUGGAUCAUUUCUUUGCCAAAGGAGGUUGUAAAACUAUUUCCUUUGUGUACCAAGUCCCAGGACCAGAGUGUGGUCGCUCAUAUCCUGGGGCUACAAAAGGCGAAAAAACACUGAGGCUGUUUUUAGCCAAUUUAUCCGAGAUAUGCCUUACAGGCAUUUGCUGCUGCUUCAUACGUGCAAGAGUGGACAUUGCUGUGAAUUCUGAAAACAUACAUGAGGCAUUUUUUGGCCGGACUCACAAGAAAUCCAAGCUUCAACCUGAGAUGGUUCCACUAAUAAAAUCCGAAGCCCAGUUGGACAUACCCAACAUGGUAAUGAUUCCCUCUGUAGAUGAAAUCCAGCAGGCCAUAACUCAACUAAUCAACUUUGUGCUGGAAGUUAGCAAGGGUGUUACCUGGCAGUGGGAGUACACUUAUGAUGAAACAAAGAAAACAGGUUCGGGUCCGCUUGAGACAUCAUUUCGAUAUGAUGCAGUGAUGAGCAAGAUUAAUGGGUACUAUGGCAUUCUGUGGACACAAGUGGAUAUUGAAAAGAUCACUGCCAAACUUUUGGAAUUUCAGAACAGGUUAAAAGCAAUACUCAACACACUAAAGGACUGGCAGGCCUUUCUCGAUCUAAAAAAAACAAUUGAUGAUUUUAAUGAUUCUUGUCUUCUUCUUGAAAUGAUGGCAAACAAAUCUAUGAAACAGAGACAAUGGGACCAAAUUGCAGAUGUGACUGGACACCAUUUUAAGGUGGAAUCCAAUACAUUUAAACUUCAGAACAUCAUGGAGGCACCUUUAUUGAAGUACAAGGAUGACAUUGAGGACAUUUACAUAUCAGCUAUAAAGGAGAAGGAUAUUGAGGCCAAAUUAUCACAACUAAAAGAACUAUGGUCUGUCCAGACCCUGAGCUUGAUGACAUUUAAGAAUAGAGGAGAAUUGAUGCUGAAAGGGGCAGAGACAUCAGAGAUUCUCACCAACUUGGAAGACAGUCUGAUGGUGCUGGGUUCACUACUGAGCAACAGGUACAGUACCUUCUACAAAGCAGAGAUCCAGCACUGGGUCUUCAAUCUUUCAACAUCAUCUGAGGUCACUGAACAGUGGGUUAUAGUGCAAAACCUUUGGGUCUAUUUGGAGGCUGUGUUUGUUGGAGGUGACAUUGCCAAAGAGCUGCCAGAGGAAGCAAAUCAAUUUCAGAAUAUUGACAAGUCCUGGACUAAGAUCAUGCAGCGAGCACAAACGGUGCCAAAUGUGGUGGAAUGCUGUGUAGGGGAUCCAGCUCUGGGACAGAAUCUUUCAGAUCUUCAGAACCAACCAAAGUUCUGUCAGAAAUCUCUUGCAGGAUUUUCACAUAGAAAACGGCAGGAGGACAUCAUCAGCGAGCCUACUCAGACCUCUGAAGGCCCCCAUGAAACGUACAACAUGACUAAUUUCAUGGAUGAUCUGAAAGUGCUGGAUAGAACAGCUGGGGGAGGACAAGGCAUCACCUUCAUCUUUAGUGAUAAUGAUAUCAAGAAUGAGGCCUUCCUUGAGCACCUCAACAAUGUUUUAUCAUCUGGAGAGGUUUCCAAUCUUUUUGCUAAAGAUGAGAUCCAAGAGAUCACCCAUAACCUAAUCCCUGUGAUGAAAAAGGAGCUUCCUCGUAUUCCACCAACUUUUGACAACCUUUAUGAGUAUUUUAUAUCACGGUCAAGAAAGAAUCUUCAUGUUGUUCUUUGCUUUUCACCGGUAGGUCAACAUUUUGUAAAGUUUCCAGGAUUGAUCUCUGGCUGCACAAUGAACUGGUUCACCCCUUGGCCAAAUGAGGCUUUGGUGGCUGUGUCCAGUUAUUUCUUGACUGAUUUUAAUAUGGUGUGCUCUGCUGAUGUAAAAGCUUCUGUGGUGGCUACAAUGGGAGCAUAUCAUGACAAAGUAUCUGUCACAUGUGAAAGCUACUUCAAAAGGUUUCGAAGAAGAACUCAUGUUACCCCUAAAUCCUACCUCUCUUUUAUAAAUGGUUACAAAACAUUGUACACUGAAAGGUACAACUACAUCAACACACUAGCAGAGCGCAUGAAUGUUGGGUUGGAGAAACUGAAAGAGACUAGUGAGUCUGUGGCUCAGCUUUCCAAAGAUCUCGCAAUAAAGGAAAAAGAGCUUGCUAUGGCAUCUGUCAACGCUGACAAGGUGCUGGCAGAGGUGACAGUCAGUGCUGAAGCUGCUACAACUGUAAAAAAUGAGGUCCAAGUUGUGAAGGAUAAAGCCCAGAAAAUUGUAAAGGGAAUUGAGAAAGUGAAAGUUGUUGCUGAAGAUAAACUGGAGGCUGCUAAACCAGCUUUAGAAGAUGCUAAAGCUGCACUGAAUACCAUCAAGCCUGCUGACAUUGCCACUGUGAGAAAAUUAGCCAAGCCGCCACAUCUGAUCAUACGGUUAAUGGACUGCUGUCUUCUCUUAUUUCAAAAGAAGUUAGACUCUGUCUCUGUUGAUGCUGAACGACAGUGUCUCGAGCCAUCAUGGGCAGAAGCCUUGAAGGACCUGCUGGAUGAUGCUGAGAAAUGCAAGAAUAAAAUGCAGACUGCAUCGGAACUUACUGAUGGACUUCGUGGAGAGAAAGUUCACUGGACAGAGCAGAGCAAAGAAUGUAAGUCACAGAUAAAGAGACUCGUGGGCGACGUGCUACAGCUCACUGGUUUCUUGUCUUAUUGUGGGCCGUUCAACCAGAGUUUCCGUAACAUGCUGUUGAAGGACAUCUGGGAGACAGAGCUCAGGAGCCAUAAAAUACCUUUUACAGAAAAGCUCAACAUAAUUUCUGCCCUAGUGGACCCUCCCACAAUAAGUGAGUGGAACCUUCAAGGACUCCCUGGAGAUGACCUGUCUGUGCAGAAUGGCAUCAUUGUCACAAAAGCAACAAGAUAUCCCCUCCUCAUUGAUCCCCAGACUCAGGGAAAAGCUUGGAUAAGGAAAAAAGAAAAGGCCAAUUCACUCCAAGUCACAUCACUGAAGCACAAGUUUUUUCGUAAUCAUUUGGAAGACUCUCUUUCUUUGGGGCAUCCGCUGCUUAUUGAAGAUAUAUCUGAGGAGCUGGAUCCUGUACUGGAUAAUGUUCUUGGGAAAAACUUCAUCAAAUCUGGGACAUGUUUCAAGGUCAUCAUGGGAGACAAAGAAGUAAAUGUAAUGGAUGGCUUCCAGCUCUAUAUAACCACCAAGCUUCCCAAUCCAGCGUACUCCCCAGAAGUCAGUGCCAAGACAUCCAUCAUUGAUUUCACUGUUAACAUGAAGGGCCUGGAGAACCAGCUGCUUGGCCAUGUUAUCCUCAGAGAGAAACACGAACUAGAGGCUGAAAGACUGAAGCUAAUUGAGGAUGUGACUGCUAAUAAGAGAAAGAUGCAAGAGCUGGAAAACAACCUGUUGUACAAGCUCAGCAGUACAAAAGGUUCUUUAGUUGAUGAUGACUCUAUGAUUGGCAUUCUGAGUACAACUAAGUAAACUGCAGCAGAAGUUUGUGCAAAGCUCAGUGUUGCAACAGAUGCAGAAGUGAACAUCAUUAGAGCUCAAGCGGAAUACCGUCCUGUUGCCUCUCAAUGCAGCAUCCUUUACUUCCUCAUCACAGAGAUGAGCAUGGUUAAUAUCAUGUACCAGACGUCCCUGAGUCAGUUUCUCAAAAUCUUUGACCUGUCACUGGAAAGGUAUGUUUUCACCAAAACUGGUCUGAAAAUUGCAAACAUCAUUAAAUAUCUAACUUUUGAGGUCUUCAGAUACACAGUCAGAGGCUUGUAUGAGAACCACAAGUUCAUCUUUACCCUUUUGCUGGCCCUCAAGAUUGACUUGCAGAAUAACAAAAUAGAGCACAACAAAUUUCAGUUUCUUGUUAAAGGUGGAGCAGCUCUGGACCUAAAGACCUGCCCCACAAAACCAUCCAGUUGGAUCCUGGAUAUGGUGUGGCGAAACUUGGUGGAACUCAGCAAAUUCCCAGAAUUCACAAACAUUGUAAAACAGGUGUCUGAAAAUAGAAAACAUUGGAAAGCGUGGCUCAAUCUUGAUGCACCAGAAGAAGGUGUCACUCCAGAUGGAUACAACUCUCUUGAUGUUUUCCAUAAACUUUUGUUGAUAAGGUCCUGGUGUCCGGACCGUUUCUUGUCUCAGGCUAUAAAGUACGUGGGGGACUCUUUAGGCAUGAGGUUUGCUGAGCCUGUCAUCUUGAACCUUCACAGCACAUGGGAGGAAAGACCUCGCACCCCAUUAAUUUGCUUUCUCUCUAUGGGCUCAGAUCCCACGGAGCAAAUUGAAGCACUUGCUAAGAAAAUUCAACUUGCUGCAGAGACCACGCAUGAUACGUUCAGAGUGUGGAUCACCACAGAACCACACAAUCGAUUCUCCAUCACACUCCUACAGGAACGAUGCAAAUUUGGACCAUUGGGUUGGAACAUACUGUAUGAGUUCAACUCAGCUGAUUUCACAGCAAGUGUGGAAUUUGUUGAAAAACACUUAGAUGAUUGUGGCCCCAAGCAGCCCCACGAAGUCCAUGUGGUCAACAAGGGUGAUCCCUAA